AUGGCGGCCGAGGCGCGCGUGUCACGCUGGUAUUUCGGGGGUCUGGCCUCCUGUGGGGCUGCCUGCUGCACUCACCCGCUGGACCUGCUCAAGGUCCACCUACAGACCCAGCAGGAGGUGAAGCUGCGCAUGACCGGCAUGGCGCUGCAGGUGGUGCGCUCCGAUGGGAUCCUGGCGCUCUACAAUGGCCUCAGCGCCUCCCUCUGCAGACAGAUGACCUAUUCCCUGACGCGCUUCGCCAUCUACGAGACGGUGCGUGAUCGCCUGAGCAAGGACAGCCAGGGACCAUUGCCCUUCUACCAGAAGGUGCUGUUGGGAGCCAUUGGCGGUUUCACCGGCGGCUUUGUAGGGACCCCUGCAGACAUGGUGAAUGUCAGGAUGCAGAACGACAUGAAGCUGCCUGUGAACCAACGACGCAACUAUGCCCAUGCCCUGGAUGGCCUCUACCGCGUGGCCCGUGAAGAGGGUCUCAGGAAGCUGUUCUCAGGUGCAACCAUGGCCUCUAGCCGCGGGGCUCUUGUUACUGUGGGCCAGCUGUCCUGCUAUGACCAGGCCAAGCAGCUGGUCCUGGGCACAGGCUACCUCGCGGACAACAUCCUAACCCACUUUGUGGCCAGCUUCAUCGCGGUGAUUGGUGACCGUCCCCUUCCCCUGCAGGGCGGGUGUGCCACCUUCCUGUGCCAGCCUCUGGAUGUGCUCAAAACUCGCUUGAUGAACUCCAAGGGCGAGUACCAGGGAGUCUUCCACUGUGCCAUGGAGACCGCCAAGCUGGGACCACUGGCCUUCUACAAGGGCCUCUUCCCUGCUGGCAUCCGCCUGGUACCCCACACGGUGCUCACCUUCGUCUUCCUGGAGCAGCUCCGCAAACACUUCGGCAUCAAAGUGCCGUCCUGA